AUGCACUACACCAGCAUCUUCAUUGCCGCCGCUGGCGCCUCAGUCGCCGCUGCUCAGGAUUACGCCCCUCCUCCUCAGGACUACGCUCCUCCUGCUUCCCCGGAUACCACUACCCUCACCUCGACCACUACCCAGGUUGUCACUCUCACCCAGUGCAACCCUACAGUGACCGACUGCCCUCUGCGCACCCAAACCUCUACUGAGGUCGUUGUUACUACCUCUACCGCUGAGCCUGAGGUUCCUGCUGAGACUACCACCUCUGUCUACGUUGCUCCUACUACCUACGAGCCCGUUGUCAACACAACCAGUCACCACGAGGUCCCUACUAUUGUCAACACCCCUACCAUUGUCAACACUCCUACCAUUAUCACCACCAAGAAGGCACCUCUUCCCAAGACCACUUACUACCCUGCCGGUAACACAACCGUCAAGGCUGGUCCUACUGCUCCCGUUUCUCACUCCACCAAGCUGCCUGUCCCUACCAGCAACGGUACCCCCGAGAAGCCUGGCUACGAGGCUCCUCCUGCCUCUCCUGAGGCUCCUUCAAGCGUCCCCACCGCCGGUGCCAGCGGUCUUAUCGCCUCUUCUGGCUUCCUCGGUGCCGCUAUGGUCGCCGCCAUGGUUGCUCUCUUCUAG